AGGGAUAAAGGGAGGGGCAUAUGUGAACUAGGGAGACCUCACCCUCCAACCAAGCUGGCUGAGCUAUUUAAUCAAUGCUGAUCCAAGAACAGGAGCAGAACCCUGCCUAGAGACCCCGAGGGUUUACUUCGGUGCCGCUGAGCCGAAUGUUAUUUCCCCAGAGCCUGAUGCCGGAUGGCCAACCCCACAUGGAGGCUCAGGAUGCAGAGGAGGGCCCAAGACCUGGGAUCUUCAAAGCAAAGCUGAGAGACCCACUGCGGAGGCCCGAGGCCCAGCAGCAACCCAGCUCUCGGGCAGGGCGCCAGUGCUCAGGGUGGUGCUGCUGUGCAGGGCUGGGAGCCCCGGUGCUGCUGGCUGGUGUGAGCGUCGGCUCCUGGCUUCUCGUGCUGUAUCUGUGGCCAGUGGCCUCUCAGCCCGCUGCCGGAACCUUGCAGAAUGAGGAGAUCCCUUUGAGCUGCUCCGAGGCCAGCGGUGAGGAAGCCCUACUCCCCAUGCUUCCCAGAGCAGUAUCUUUCAGAAUAAACACUGAGGACUUCUUGCUGGAAGUACAGGUGAGGGCACAGCCAGACUGGCUCCUGGUCUGCCACGAGGGCUGGAGCUCUGCCCUGGGGCUGCGGAUCUGCCAGAGCCUUGGGCAUCUCAGACUCACUCACCACAAGAGAGUGAACCUGUCUGACAUCAAGCUCAACAGCUCCCGGGGGUUUGCUCAACUCCCUCCCAGACUGGAAGGCCUCCUGGAGGAGGUGUGGCUGCCCAGGAACAGCUGUACUUCCGGCCAGAUCGUUUCCCUCAGAUGCUCUGUUUUAGGCUAUCCCUCCUGUCCAGCUGGCGGGUCCAUGUGGGGCUGGUCAGGCACAGUGCCGUCAGGCCCCACCAGGGGGCUGUGGUGGAGAGGAUCAUCCCUCACCCUCUCUACAGCACCCAGAAUCACGACUAUGACAUCGCCCUCCUGCGGCUCCGGACGCCGCUCAACUUCUCAGAUAACGUGGGUGCUGUGUGCCUGCCAGCCAAGAAGCAAGAUUUUCCGAGGGGCUCGCGGUGCUGGGUGUCUGGCUGGGGCCACACCGACCCCAGACACACCCACAAGUCAGAUACGCUCCAGGACACGGUGGUGCCCCUGCUCAGCACCCAGCUCUGCAACAGCUCUUGCAUGUAUAGUGGGGCACUCACCCCCCGCAUGCUGUGUGCUGGCUACAUGGACGGGAGGGCUGAUGCGUGCCAGGGUGAUAGCGGGGGCCCCCUGGUGUGCCUGGACAUGGGCACCUGGCACUUGGUGGGGGUGGUCAGCUGGGGCCGUGGCUGUGCAGAGCCCAAUCACCCGGGCGUCUAUGCCAAGGUUGCUGAGUUCCUGGACUGGAUCCAUGACACUGCAAGGGUCCACUAGAUGGAGAAGCGGCAGCCUCAGAUGCAGAAGGCAUGGACCUCCUACCACACAAGAUAGUCACCACCCACGGGCCAGCCUCCAGGGAGGGCCUCUCCCCUCCCAGGGCCCUGAUUUUGAGCCCCUCUUUCUCACCAGAGAGCCUCAGUAACAGGAGAGUGGGUGGGGCUGGGCUGGGAAGAUGGGGGAGCUGGGGGGUAUGGGGAAGGAGUGAGAGAGGAAGAGGUGGCUGGCAGCAGCUCGGUGCCUGCCCUUCUGCCCUCUCCUCCCCCCGCCCAGCCCCACUAUCUUUUUGUGCGCAUCUUUUGGGAGGAUGCUCAGGGAUGCCCUGCGAUCAACUCUCUCCAAGUGCUCUCAGGUAGGGCAGAUGCCUCUCUAGAGGAGCCCCUGGCUCAAGGCAGGGCCAAGUCCGUGGAGUCAAGGAUCCUCCUGACUCUGCAGUCAUUCUCACCUACUGCCUAUUCCCGCCUGGCUCUGGCUGGCCCUGCUGGGGCGGGGGGGGCCUGUAAGAAGUGCUCUGGUUGGUGCUGGGAUAGGGCGUUGGUUUAAAAAUGACAAUCAGUGAACUGGUCCAAGGAGUGCUGUUAUUUUUUUUUUUUUUUAAAGAUUUUAUUUAUUUAUUUGAGA